AACAAUAAAUCUAAUAAGACUGAAAUAUUAAUGUCGGCAGCGAUUGUAAUUGACGUUAGCAGUGUCGCUGGCACCGGCAGCAACUUCCUCCAAGACCAACAACCUUUGGCAAAAAGCAAUAAUAGUAGCAGCAACAAUAACAAUGCCAAUAAUACGCAUACUAAUGGUAGUUCAACAACCACGGUAACAAGCAGCACGGGCACCAACACGGAGGCAAUAUAAUGUGUAAGC